AUAAUUGAAAGAGCCUCUAGGCCCCGGCCAAAUGUUGUUACAUGUCCUUUUACUAGUUCUGCUGCUGUCAGCUGUGACAGUAAAGUGAUUGUCCAGUGUUAUUUGAGUUGGAGACAGAAAGGUAUUGCACACAAGCAGAACACAACGAAAAGGCGAGAAAGUGCAAACUAUGAUGACUUCUCAAAGUGUGCUUCUUCAAACUGCGUUCGUUGUCAGAACUAUGAAAGGUUGACAUCCAACCUUCUGGAGCGAUUUCUCAAAUACAUUUCUCAAAUAAAGUGUGAAGAACAGGAAGCUCUAGUGCGACUUCAACUUUCUGUUGAGAAUGAUUUGAAUAUGUUAAAAUCUGGCAGUAGCAGAGACAAAUCUCAAAACAUGCAGGGGUCAACUUCACUUCAGAAUCCUAAUGUUUUUGCUCUCCAAAGUCUGCCUGCAAAGCCAUGGUAUGACUAUGAGGAAUUCAUUCCUGAAAUAUCGACGUUAGAAGCAGCACUGCCAGCCAUCAAACAGGAAUAUAGAGAACUUCUCACUGAGCAAAAUAUCUCUGAGAAUUUUGAAGGAUGGCUUGAAAACAAUGUACCAGAAGGACUGUGGAGUGUGUUCCACUUAUUCAACCAGGGAAAAAGAAUGGAAGAUAACUGUUCCAAGUGUCCAAAGACAGUUGCAAUUCUUGACAAUCUUGAAGUGUUUAUGAAGGACUGUGCUUUUGGGAAUGCAAUGUUUUCCGUGCUGGAGGCUGGCACGCAUAUUACAGAGCACUAUGGUCCAUGCAAUGUGAGGAUUCGUUGUCACCUUGGUCUGCAUAUUCCAGCUAACUGUACUCUCACUGUAGCCCAUCAAUCUAGACAGUGGCAUGAAGGCAAGUGUCUACUGUUUGAUGAUUCCUUCCUUCAUGAAGCAAGGCAUGAUGGCAGAGAUGACAAAGGACCCAGAGUGGUUCUCAUGAUUGAUUUCUGGCAUCCUGAUGUGACACAAGCUGAGAGAAAUGCCCUGUGUCAUUUAUUUCCAUCACAAUGAACGAGUAUCUCCUAGUGUACGUUGUUGGGCUCUGAUCCAGUGUGAUACUUGUACCUACAGUCAGGGCAAAAGUUUACAUACUCCUGGUAGAACAAAACAGUUUUCCUUGAAUUUCAUAACUUCAGUCAUUCUUACAACUCUUCUUUUCGUGAGUACAGACACGAUGGGUCUUUAUUUGUACAUGGUGUAAGCGUCAAAUAACACCCAGAGACACAUAUAUGAUUAAUAUUUUUAUUUACAAAAAAAUCAAAUUUACAUACUUUAACCCUAAUAUCUAGUGCCACUUUCUGUAUUUUUUCACAUCUCAUAGUUGCAGUGGACUCCUUUUUGAAGUGUUUUUUUAACAACAGCGAGGGGGUAGAUGUAAAUUUUCACAAAAUGAUUUUUCAGAAAUAUUAAUAUUUUGAACCCUAAUAAAUGUCUUUUUGAAAAGUAUUUUCAAUUGAAGUACACACUACGAACAUUACGUUGAGAUACGGUUUGCCUGACCUCAUAGAGAAAAAGUUGGCCAAACUAUUUCAAACGGGAAAUUGAAGAAAACUGUUUCUACUACAUGUACAUGUAGUGUUUGUAAACUUUUUGCCCCAACUACGUGUACAUAAAUAUGUCACUCCUCUCCAAUCCUCUCUACACCUGUGAAUUGAAUACACCCCAUUGACAAAAAAUGCACAUUAAUGCCUCAUUAAGAAUGACAUUCACAGUAACGGUGAUGGUGAGCAACUCUUAGGGAAAACCUUGUAAUUAACUGCUGUAUUAUUUCCAGAAUGUGAUUUUAUUGUUAGCUCUGACCCCAAUGGAUUUUUUAAUGAAAGUUGGGAGCCAUGCUAAUUGAAAAACAAAAGCUGAAAUGAGAACCUUGAAGAAGGCAAUGAAAUCAAACAGAGCAUUUGCAUUGUAGGUGUAUACGUGUAAUGAAAUCAAACAGAGCAUUUGCAUUGUAGGUGUAUACGUGUAAUGAAAUCAGAGCAUUUGCAUUGCAGGUGUACGUGUACAGUAUAUACAUGAAGGUAUACAUUUGUCUCUAAAAUUCCAAGAGACCAGAGGCUCUCAUCUUAUUCUUUAAGAGCAGUAGGUUUUGAGAUCUUUGUCAAUGUUCUGGCCAGCUGAUAAACUCUAACUUCCAAAGUCCAGGUUUAAAAUUAAGAUUUAUUGAAUGCCACAGAAAAUCAAGGAUCUUGUUCAUUCAAAAAGGGAUGUUGUGUGAGAAAGGAUUGGAUAGAAAGCUGUGCUAAUGUACAAGUACCAAACAGAAAAGGUAAGAUCAUGAGUCUUUAAAUAAUUGACUGCUUUCUACACAGAGAGAUGUUUAUUUUAUUAAUGCAAACUGUUAACACUUUAAUGUGUAGAUGCAUGUACAUGUACCUUGUCAUGGUAGUAAUAAUGUAUUUAUCCAUGAAGGUUAUCUCAUCUUACAGGUGCCUCUUCGUUUUCCUUUCACAGCAGCUUUAUUGGUUUUUUUUUAAAUGUAUGGUACAUUUUUAAGGCACAAUACUUUUUCAAACUCAGUACUUUUUGAAGCAAUGAUUAUUGAUAUACACUAUAUACACUCUGGAAUGAGAAAAGAUACGCAGGGCUAUAAAUGCACAAUGGUGUAAAAGAGUUGCAGAGAUUUCUGUCAAAAAGAAUCUCUCAAAUCACUUUAAGAUAAAUAUAUGCAGAAUGUAUACAUGUGUUCUUGUACCUACCCAGUGUUGAUAUAAGAAUAUACAGGUGUAGUUUUGAUCUCUGUAAACAGAAAUCUACAAGCAAAUGAAAAAUUGUCACUUUAUUUUUCAAGAAAUAAGAUGUUGCAAACUGGUUCAGACACCUCGUAAAACCACUCUGACUACACUGUCACAUCUUGUUCUUAAAAUUUUAUGUACAUUGACGAAUGAAAGUAGCUACAUGUACAGAGCUAUACAUAAACUCCUAUUACUAUUGUUCUAUUUAUAGUCAGGUGGCACAGUUACACAAUAUGUACAUGUAUUCGAGGUGGUAAAAUAAGAAACACAAUGUGGUUUAACAUAAAAUUAUUCCUCCAUGCGUAUUCAAAGUUUUUCAUGUGAUGGUUCGGUUUCAAAUCGUUAGAGAAACCUUACCAAACAAGAGAACAAUAAUUAAAAAUUGAUUUUGUAUGGAAACACAUGAAUACAUUACAAAUAAAAUACAUUAAAAUUA